AUGAUAUUGAAUGUUGUCAGUUUAAUUAUUGAAAUACAACAUGUGUUUCAACUUCUUGAUAAUUGGAGAAACAAAGUAAUGGUUGUGUGUAUGGUUGUACCAGACUACCAGUAUGAUGAUGCGAUGGAUGAGAGAUGGUGGAGCAAAGACCGCUUUGACUAUUUUGUGGCAGGUAUUGGAUAUCUUGCUGCCAGCGAAAUAGCUCGUAUUGGAGGUCAUGUUAUUAUUGCUUGUAGAAAUAUGGGUAAAGCCGAUGUGUUAGUUCAGUUAAAUCAUCAUAAUCCCAAAACCAUAUCACCACUUGGUUUCACUAUACAGAACUUUUCAACAAUUUACUUUAAAGCCAGAAGUAGUAAAUGA